AUGCAGCCGCGUCGACCCGCGGCAUGGACAGACCAGAUUCCGCCCAGCAUCUCUUUUUUUGGGAACUGCGGCGUCAACGACCAGCAGCUCGAGGAUUCCCACAGCUUCAGGUGCCACCGUUUCAGCCCCUGCCUCAGCCCCUGCCUCAGCCCCUGCCUCAGCCCCUGCCUCAGACCCCUUUCUCAGCCCCUGCCUCAGCCCCCUGCCUCAGCCACCCCCCCCCCCCCUUCAGCCCCCGUUGCUCACAUCUCGCUGCACAUAGUGCCAAACCUCAGCCCCCACCUAAGCCCCCACCUCAGCCCCCGCCUCAGCCCCCACCUCAGCCCCCGCCUCAGCCCCCACCUCAGCCCCCGCCUCAGCCCCCGCCUCAGCCCCCGCCUCAGCCCCCCCCUCAGCCCCCACCUCAGCCCCCGCCUCAGCCCCCCCCUCCGCCCCCACCUCAGCCCCCGCCUCAGCCCCCCCCCUCAGCCCCCGCCUCAGCCCCCACCUCAGGUGCCUCCUCAGCCCCUGCCUCAGGCUCAGGCUCUGGCUCUGGCUCAGGCUCAGACUCAGACUCAGGUCCAGGCUCAGACUCAGACUCAGACUCAGGCUCAGGCUCAGGCUCAGACUCAGGUCCUGGCUCUGGCUCAGACUCAGACUCAGGCUCAGGCUCAGGCUCAGGCUCAGGCUCUGGCUCUGGCUCUGGCUCUGGCUCAGACUCAGGGUUAG